AUGCCUCUAACCGGUGAAGAAAUUGCAAAGCAUAACUCGAGAGACUCAUGCUGGGUUAUCGUACAUGGCAAAGCAUACGAUGUGACGGAGUUUCUACCUGAACAUCCUGGCGGACCCAAGAUUAUUCUCAAAUAUGCCGGAAAAGAUGCAACCGAAGAGUUCGACCCGAUCCACCCUCCCGAUACCCUCGAUAAGUAUCUAGACCAGUCGAAGCAUUUAGGAGAGGUAGACAUGAACACAGUUGAGAAGGAGGAGCAUGAAGAAUCACAAGAGGAAAUCGAGAGACAGGAUCGCAUUGCCCGUAUGCCAAUUCUGGAACAAUGUUACAACUUGAUGGAUUUCGAGGCAGUGGCAAGAACGGUCAUGAAAAAAACUGCUUGGGCAUACUACUCUAGUGGUGCUGACGAUGAGAUUACGAUGAGAGAGAACCACACCGCGUUCCACAAGAUCUGGUUUCGACCCCGCGUUUUGGUAGAUGUAGAGAAAGUCGAUUUCUCCACUACCAUGCUCGGUACGAAAUGCGAUAUCCCAGUCUACGUUACCGCCACUGCUCUUGGAAAGCUAGGAAACCCAGAAGGAGAGGUUGUCUUGACACGCGCAGCGAAGAAGCAUAAUGUCGUUCAAAUGAUUCCGACUCUGGCCUCCUGCUCUUUCGACGAGAUCAUGGAUGCAGCAGAAGGAGACCAGGUCCAGUGGAUGCAACUCUACGUCAACAAGGACCGAGCCAUCACAAAGAAGAUCGUACAGCAUGCCGAGUCCCGUGGGUGUAAGGGUCUUUUCAUCACGGUUGAUGCUCCCCAACUUGGUCGCCGCGAGAAGGACAUGAGAGUCAAGUUUACAGAUAGCGGAUCGAAUGUCCAGUCUGGUGACAAGACGGACAACUCUCAGGGUGCUGCCAGAGCUAUCUCCAGCUUCAUCGAUCCAUCUUUGAGCUGGAAGGAUAUCCCGUGGUUCCAGUCGAUCACUAAUAUGCCUAUCAUCCUCAAGGGUGUCCAGCGUGUCGAAGACGUUAUCCGAGCCAUCGAAGUUGGCUGCCAGGGCGUAGUGCUCUCCAACCAUGGAGGUCGUCAACUUGAUUUCGCACGUUCUGGAAUUGAAGUCCUUGCUGAAGUCAUGCCGGUCCUUCGUGAGCGUGGCUGGGAGAAUCGCAUCGAGAUUUUCAUUGAUGGUGGUGUGAGGAGAGCUACAGAUAUCAUCAAGGCCCUGUGCCUUGGUGCUAAGGGUGUUGGUAUUGGAAGACCAUUUUUGUAUGCCAUGAGUGCGUAUGGACAGCCCGGCGUGGAUCGUGCUCUGCAGCUGUUGAAGGAUGAGAUGGAGAUGAACAUGAGAUUGAUUGGCUGUUCGAGUGUCGAUCAAUUGAAUCCUACGCUGGUUGAUACCAGAGGCUUAAGCAUGCACACUACAGGAGUUCCAUCAGAUACUUUGGGACUAUCGAUUUACGACCCAUUAAUCAGCCCCAAGGCCAAGUUGUAA